GGCAGGUUCACUUUUGGGUGCGCCUACUCCCGAGGAAGUCAACGAAAGACUGAAAGGGCUGGCCAGCCUAGCACCUUCCUAUGUGACAGGUUACCGGUCCGUCGAUCCCUCCUCUUGGUCGGAUAGAGCGUCCAGGCUGGUUCAAACUGGCGUCCUCGGCACCCAAAUCUCUCCUACACACUUUUCCGCAGCUCACUAAGGUAGCAUCUUCAAGUCGGCGCCGAUCACAUCAUCUGACGCGCCUCGUUCUAUUCAAUAUCUAAAACAUCCGUCGAAGCCUCACCAUGAUUGUCACAAAGCUCAGCACUUUACUUUCGAUAGGGCUGUUCCUCUCGAGAGGACAUGCCGCGACUGCAUCGACUGCCAACCUGACGACACGAGCUAUUCCCAGUGGUGCCAUCAUCGAACACUGCACGGUCCCCGGUGUCGUGGCACUCACUUUCGACGACGGCCCGUUUAUCUACACCAGUCACAUUCUGGACCUUCUGGACGAGUACGGCGCCAAAGCCACUUUCUUUAUCAACGGCGAGAACUGGUCCCGCGGUGUCGGAGACUCCUCGACGCCUUGGCCGGAUAUCUUAAGGCGUAUGGAUCUCUCGGGUCAUCAGAUCGGCUCCCACACAUGGUCGCACGCCGAUCUCUCGUCUGCCGAUUCUCCUCUGCGAGAGUUCCAGGUGUACGAGCUCGAAAAGACCCUUUUUUCCGUCCUCGGCAAAGCCCCCACCUACCUUCGGCCGCCCUAUGCUUCUUGUUCGGCCGAUUGCCUGCAGGAAACGGAGCGGAUGAGAUUGCACGUGGUCAACUUCGAUGUUGAUCCCAAGGACUAUCUACAUAACGACCCGAACGACAUCGCGUCCGCCAUGGAGAAUUUCUCGAGAGCUUUGGAUGAGCGCCGGUGGGGUGAUUCGUUCCUGGUACUCAGCCACGACUCGCUCCAGAAUACGGCGGAGUUCCUCGUCCCCCACAUGCUCAUGGAGAUAAAGCAGCGCGGAUACAGGGCUGUCACGGUUGGGGAAUGUCUCGGCGACCCUGCUGAGAAUUGGUACUGGUAUCUAUAAACGGGUGAUGAGUCUCUGUUGGGGAAGAAUGCGUUGUUGCAGGCCAGAAAUGUGGCGACAGCGGGUUUCUAGGAGUACGAGUCCAGGGAGCUUCGACAUCGUGAGCGUUUGGUCGCCCCGACUGCUAAUUGGCUUCGGGCUGGGGGUCUCGACGGUGGAACACAGCCUAGCUUCCGUAUGGGGAGCGCGCGGGACGGACUGUUGAACAUG